ACAAAAUAUAUAUUUCUUAUUAUAAAUCACAUCACAAUGAGAAAGGCCUAAGUCACUUGCAUUUUUUGAGAUUCCAUGUAUACUAAAAAAUGAAGACAGGAAUUUACAGAAAAUGUUGUAUAAUUGUAGAAAGUGUUUUCUUCUAAUGAAGUUGCACGAUUGACAUUUUUUCUUCUAAUCCUUAUGGUGUAUUGCUGGCUAUGUAGAUAACUUCCUUUGGAGAUCAUUCGAAGCAUCUAAAUGUGAGGCUAUUUGAGAAUCUGAAGUCUGGACCUCUUGGUUCCCUUGAUGGAUCAUUAGGGCCAAGAGAUAAUCAGAAGCCAGACAUAUUGACAAGCACUGCAGACAGAAAGUGGAGGUGGAGAGGCUUGGAUGCUUGUUCCAGAAGAGCUGAACUAUCGUGCCCAGGGAAACUGAGAACUCUCAGGGGCUCUUUCCUAGAACUGGGUCAUUUUUGCACUCUCAAUUUUAAGAUUUUUGUGAGGCCCAAAACGGAACUCCACAAAGAAGUCGGGGGAAAAAUAUAUGACUGGCAAAUCGAAACCUCAGUCAGUAGAACCCGAAGAGGAACAGGAGGCUUCUGGUGAAACAAAAACACAAAAAGCCUCAGCGAAGGGGACCAAACGAAAAAGGUCUGUGAAGGAUGACAAAGCUCGCUGUUUGCAAAAGAUGGAACCAGGCAAAGAGAAAGUAAGAAUUCGGAAGAAGAUAGCAAUUCCUCCACUACCCUCUGAACUGCCACCGAUCAACCUGGUUCAUCGAGACGUUGUGAGGGCCUGGUGCCACCAACUGAAACUGAGCACCAAAGGCCAGAAAUUAGAUGUAUAUAGGCGACUCUGCGAAUAUGCUUAUCCUAAUCAACAGGACAUUCCUGUCACAGCAAAGGAGGCCAAGAUCCUGCCGGGAUCCCAGAGAAAACUGAUGAUGGACAAGGGGAAAUUGUUUCCAGAAAGUUGUGAUAAAAAGAUGUCUUCUGCCGGGACUGAUCCUCCUAAAGUGGCUGCUCCCCCUAAGGAGGGGCCGGCCGCCCUCAAAGGGUCUGCUGCUCUCCUUGAGGGAGUUGAGAGUGUUGUGACAACUUCCUCCCCAGAUGCUGUGUUUGCCUCCUGGAGCAGAAUUGCAGCCAGGGCUGGGAAGGUGGAGGCAGUGGAAUCGAGACAAGAGGCCUAUGGUGUCAAGUGGUGUGUGGUCCAUGGGAAAAGUCUCCCUGCGGACACAGAGGGCUGGGUUCGCCUGCAGUUCCACGCUGGACAAGCCUGGGUUCCUGAGAAGCAGGGGAGAGUGUGUGCGCUCUUCUUGCUGCCUGCCAGCAGUUUCCCCCCCUUGUACCUGGAGGACAAUAUGUUGUGCCCCAGAUGCGUUCAUAGGAAUAAGGUGUUAAUGAAAAGCCUCCAAUAAGAUUACAAUACCAAGAAAAAGGGUGCAGCUAGUAAUGUUAGAAGGGUGAUUACAGCCAGCUCCGCGCUGCCCCUGACGGCUGAACCCUGGGCUGCUCCACACCCCCCAUGCCUCCUGCUUCCAGGUGCACAGGCUGACGGGCCGCAGCUGUCAUCCUCGGACCCCCGGCAAUAAUGCCUGCGGCUUCAUGGGUUGGGAUACAGAGGCUCUUGUAUUUUAAAAUAGAAAAGCAUUUCACAAAGUUUACCCUUCCAAAAUAAAAGUGAUCUCAAUAGCUCUUUUAAAGUGGGGUCCUGAGCUGAGCGUUGGAGGGCUGGGGUGGGGGUGGGGGGUUCCAUGCUGGAUUUCUCCCCUCAGAAAUCUGGCUCCUGCAGGGGCUGUUGACUUCUAAGUUUAAUGACAUCAAACUGUUGAAUAUUUUAAGCCAAAGGGAAAGCUUUUAUUCUCUCCCCACUCCCCAAAACACAUUCUUGCUGCACAAAACCUUUUUCGAAGUUUUCUUAAUAACUUGAAACUUCUAUGGUGUGUCUCUGGGAUAAAAACACAGAGCACUUUACCAGUAUUAUUUCCACUUGUAACUAUUUUGUAUAUUUCUGCUGGUUGUAAAUGUUUAAGGUUACUUCCAAAUCAUAAGUAAUGUAAUAUAUUGAAUUUUAAAUGUGUAUGUAAAAUAAUUGAUCUAUUGUAUUUAGGAGACCAUAUUCAUUGCAUGUUAAGUAUUUUUAAUGUUCUUAAUUCAGUAGGAUUAAGCCAAAAAGUAGGAUUUUCUUCUGCAUGAUUUUUUAAGGCAUUUUAUUAAGGUAUGGUUGACAUACAAGAAGCUGUAUGUAUCUAAUGUGUGCAACUUGAUGAGUUUAUUCAUUUUUAACUUUUUGUGUACUUCCUAAAUUUAUAGUCUGUGAGUCUUGGAAAAGAUCUGAUGUUUUUCACUUGUCUUGUGUUUUCAUGGCAGUUUCCAAAAUUGUUUCGUUAUUAUGGAUUUUUGUAUUAUGGGAUUUUUUUUUCCCCUUCCAAAAUGGACUGGACAGAGUAAUGAAGAUGGAAAGUUUAUAAACAUCAUGAUGUAGACUGGUUUGGGCAUGAAUCCUCAAUAAAUGUUAAAAAAGAA